AUGAAUGUUAAUCAGUUGCAUGCAUUGGCUAUGGAAUAUAAAUCCACCGCAUAUGCUCAUUCUACUACUAUAGAAUGUGAAUCUGAACUCACAGAAUACUUUACGCUGAUUAAAAUGUCCGUUGCUACGUUAACAUAUAUCAAAGCGAAAUGUACUAUUAGUUUUCAACAGGAAUUCCAGAUCACGAUGGAAAUAAUUGAUAUUUUACUCAAUGAAACUUUCAAUUUUGAUUUGGUGGAGGACCACAUCGUGGAAAUGAGAGAGAAACUACGUAGUUAUUCAAACGUUACAGACUACAUCCUGAUGUUGGAUUUCGUUACGUUAUAUACUAUACCAUUGAAAAAGGAAACGAAAUUUCAAUACAAUAUUGCAUUGAGGAACUGUGACCAGUUAUUGAAUGAGCUAGAUCCCAGUACAAGUUGGUUUAAAAUAUUUAAAUACGUUGAUUGCUGUCUUUGUAUGAAACUAGGGAAGACAAAGAGGGUCAUCAAGAAUUUUAACGAAUUGUUGGCGCUGGAUAAUAUUGAAAAUAUUUCACAGUUUAAUACAUUCAUCUUACUUUCGUUUAUUAAUUUCCAUCUAGAACAAAGAUUACCCAUUUCCGAUGAACUUCUAGAUAAAUUGAACAAUAAAAUAAACAGUGAACUUGUUGGUGAAAGGUUGUUCGUAUGGAAGUUAAUAUUACAAAUGAUUAUUAAAAUUUAUAACGACGAAAACAUCACUAAUAAUUUGAAUGCUUUUAAGGAAUUUUUCGCUUCAAAUAAAGACAAGUUAACUAUUCAUGAUCCAUCUGUGACUAUCACCAUGGAGAAUAACCUGUCCUUCCAAAUAACGCAUCCAGGUAUUUUCAAUUAUAAAGAUUUGAAAAAUGUACUCUUAUUCUUACAAAGUAUAAGUUAUCUAACAAAUUGCUACGAUCCAAAUUCCAACUUCUCGACUAAAUUUUUACCAAAAGUCUUCAACACAACUACAAAGUUGAUUAAAGCAAUUGAUUGCAGUGAUAAAUCAAUUUCAUUCAUCGAUUUUAAAGUAAAUUGGUAUAACGAUAUCCUUUUGCAUUGCGAAUUUUACAAAAUUUGGGAAAAUUUACUCUUAAAUUCUAAUAUUCAGAAUAAUAUGAAAAAAUCACCAUAUACUGCUUUACUUGAUGCGAUAUCAACACAAAUUGAUAGUGGUGAACAACGAAAUGUGCUUGAAGCCUAUUCAAAAAUGUUUAACAAGAAAUCAGUACCAAACGAGAUCAAAUUGAUUUGUUUACUCAAUUCAUACACUGUUGUGAUAUCAAAGAUAAGCAAAACGAACUCGAAUAUCGAAAUUCAAGAAUAUAUAAGUACCUGUAACGAAAUCUGGGCAAAGAUUAAUACAGUAGUGAAAUUGACAGAUAUACAGUAUAAUAAUGUUUGGGAUUGUACAAUUACCAUAUUGUGGAUAAUAUCGCAUUUUGAGGCAUUUACUGAGAAUCCAUUACCAAGUACAGAUGGGGAAAAGAGUGAAUACAUCACAAAAUUGAAUCAUUAUUAUGAAAAUAACAAAUUACUGACAACCGCUGAGAAUGUUAUAAAAAAUGAGGCAGCAAGAUUGAAGAAAAGUUUACUUUUACAAAUAUUGAUCAAUUAUCUCGGAGGUAGAAUCAUUGAAACAGACUUAAAUCAAAUUUAUCAAAUCUCGCACGUAUGUUUCAAGAUCUCGAAGCUGCAGAAGAUGAAAGGUAUUUCCUAUAUAACAGGCUUAUGGCAUCUGAUGAACUGUACAAUUGCAAUGAAAUCGAAAGAAGUUGCCAUAACAAAGGCAAAGUUAGAAAGCUUACUAUCAGAUUAA